AUGCCAGCAGAAGAACAGCAACCACUUUCCACCCAGCUUGUCCAACGGCUCUUGACGGAAAACUUUGAGGACCGAAAGACCAGAAUAUCCCAGCCGGCGUUGAACGUGGUACAGGAGUAUACCAAGAUAUUUGUGCGCGAGGCGAUCUGGCGCGCUGCUGCUAUAAGGAAGGAGGAGCAAGGUGGCGAAGGCGGAUUGAAGAACAUGAGCGCUUUUCUAGAGGCAUGACUUUUCUUUUCUUUUUCUUCCUCUUCUAGAAGACCAUUUUUGCCGUCUUCUGCAGUCAUGGUAAUGGCUAAUGUGGUAGGCGAAAUUUCUAGGUGGAAGAUUUGGAGAAAUUGGCGCCGCAAUUGCUGUUGGAUUUUUAGGGGCACGUGUUGCCGGGGAUGGGGUUUGACUGAGGGAGGGAGGGAGGGGUCAAGGGCGGAGGGGGUAUCGUAGGGUAUAUCAAGGUGGGGGGGCUUGUAGGGUAUGGGUAUGGGGAUUUCUGCCUUUUGUUUCUUGCACAGUAGAUAGGGAUUGUUGACAUGGGUCUUGUAUCUGGCUGUUUGGUGCGGUAUUGCAGCAGAAGCACCAGCAGCGGGCUGUAUAUUACUUACCCGGUCCUUGUAACAAAUCCCUACUCGACGCAUAGUACCGGGUUCCGAUAUU